ACCAUUUACUUCUUUCUUAGUUUAAUCACGAUAAACAUUUAUUAAAAGGUUUCCAUUAUGCACGCUACUUCUAUCAGCUAGUCCCAAAAUACAUGCAAUCUCGCCAUUCUUCUUCGGCUUUACUUUAAUCACAAUAAUAUACUCGUUUAUUGGAAACACGAACUUUAUAUGCAUAUUGGCAGGGUUUCUUUUGAUUUGCGUUUACUUUUUCAGGCUUAAUAAUAAAUCCUCUCAGUAAUUUAUAAUUAAUCUUGAUUUAUGCUUAUUUACAUAUUAGUAAAUAAGCUUGCGUUUUAUUUGGUUACAUUCGCUUGUUAACAGUAGAAAGUAUCGGUCUACUCGUACUAGGCAAGUAAACCUUAAAUAUAUAGUAAUAGAUAAAUUAUAAUUUAAAUUCGCAGAUUCUCUUCUGAUCUAUAAGGGUUUCUGUGUUAUAUUUAUUUCUGACUAACCUGUUUUAAAACUUAUAUUCCAUAUACAAAAUUUUAUAGAAUAUUCUCUAUGAUCCACAUAUAACCCAAAUUACGUGCUCAAACUCUGGAGGACGUUCUCUAUUUGUGUGUUGAAAGUAAUUUCUCACAAAAUGUUGAAGAUAACUGCAACAUUCAUCAACAAAUGCAAUAGUGUCAAAACUUUGAUAAUUCGGUGAGUAAGCAAAAAUCACUUUGCCUUGGUCUAUUAGAUUUCCUCUAUUAUAACUAUUUUUGAUCAGUUCUGUUUUCUUAUCUUGAAGAUUAUUCAUUAUUACAUUACUAUUUACAACAACUUAAAUUUAUUUACGUUUGUUUACAAAAAGUAAAUUUACUAUACAGUUCAUCAACAGCCUGUAUUCGUCCACUGCUGGACAUGGGCCUUUCCGAGAGCGCGCCACCACACACGAUCCUCCGCCUUCCUCAUCCAGCCGCUUCCCGCUACCUUCUUGAUGUCGUCGGACCAUCUAGCUAGAGGGCGUCCUACACUGCGUUUGCUAGUACGCGGUCUCCACUCCAGAACACGUCUGCCACUUCAGUUUGCUAAUCCUUUGGGCUACAUCAAUUAUUUUCGUUCUCCUACGAAUUUCCUCGUUCCGGAUUUUAUCCUUCAGAGAGACUCCUAACAUAGCCCUCUCCAUAGCUCGCUGAGCGACUUAAAAUUUGUGGAUAAGGCCAAUCGUCAGUGUCCACGUUUCGGCUCCAUACGUCAUAACAGGCAAGACACACUCAUUAAAGACUUUUGUCUUCAGGCUUUGGGGUAUUGACGAAUUGAAGACUCGACGCAAUUUCCCAAAUGCUGCCCAACCAAGCUGAAUUCUUCUGUCAGCUUCCUUGUCGAAGUUAUUCCUACCUAGUUCUAUCAUUUGACCGAGGUAGUUGUAUUCCUGAACAACUUUGAUGCUGGCAUUAUCGAUAAUUAUAAUAAAUACAGUUAUAUUUUAAAAUUUAAUUUAAUAGGUUUUGUUAAAAAUAUUUUAUAUUAAUAAGUAUUUCAAAGUCUCCAAGUUAUUUUAUUUACUUAUACUUACAGUCAGUAUAUCAAUUUCAAAUGGUUUUCAGAAGUUCGAGCCCUGUUACUGGUAUUUCAAAUAAUGUUAAUUUCAUAAGCAGAAGAGAUGCCCACUCUACGAUUGACUCUAAAGAUUUUUUCCAAGUGUCUAAUAGUAAACAACUGGAAUCACUAUGGGAUCCCCAUGGGAUAUUUCUAUCGCUUCAUUCGUUGAAUUAUUUACGAUUGCCUUUUAUAAGAGACGGUCUUGUCGAUAUAGCGCCUGGUGAAAAGUUCUCUACUUGUCUGAAAGGAAAGAAAAUCCUCGAAGUAGGCAGUGGAGCAGGGAUCCUCUCAGAGGGUCUGGCUAAGUACGGGGCCGAAGUUAUAGGAAUAGAUUCGAGCAAAGUCAUGUUAGAAUUGGCUAUAGACCAUUGCUCUAAAAACAAACGCUUAGCUAACAACAAGCCUACUUAUAUUUUAUCUACUGUAGAGGAUCAUAGUAUGUCUUAUCCUGACAUGUAUGACGCAGUGGUAGUGUCCGAGGUCAUAGAGCAUGUUGGUCAAAAGGAACUGUUUGUGGAAUCCUGUGUACGCGCCACAAAACCGGGUGGAAAACUAUUCAUUACGACGCCCAGUAGAACGCGUUUCGCCCACUUCACUUUAAUAUUUCUCUAUGAGAAUUUUUUGAAAUGUUAUCCAAAGGGUGCCCAUCAAUAUGACAGUUUGAUGACACCAAGCGAACUGAAAUUCAUGCUAGAAAUGAACGACUGCCAUGUGGAGGAUAUAAAGGGUUACAUUUAUAACCCGUUCUCGAACCAAUGGUCUUGGACUAAUCACAAACUGUACAGCUUUGCUACCCUGGCUGUAAAGUCACCCAACACUAAUGAUAAUAAGAAUUAAUGGCAUUCUUCCAGAAGUUUAUAUUUAACUAACAAACUCCUUCACGAAUUAUGUAUCUUGCGACAUAAAUUAUAUACAUAUUAAAUAAAUAUUUGUCAUAAUGAAUAAGAUAAAUAUAACAUGAGUAUUUUAA